AUGGACACACAAACAUCAUUCUACAAUUGCGACGUGAGUUUCAUGCUCGAUGACGAACUCAAAGUGGUAAGUAGAUUUGCUUUCAUGUGCGAUGUAGACGACGGAUUUAAUGUCAAAUGUGGUGGCAUUGUUGUACCACAACACCUUUGUGUGGGGAUUGUUGCUGACCUUUUUGGAGGCAAACUUACACUUACCAAAGUUUCUCCAAUUGAUACUAAUGAUAAAAAGAAUAAUGUGAAGGCAACAUUUAUUAGUAGUCUGCAAAGGGGUAUUAAGGCAAUAAAUGGAAAUACAGAUAAUUACCACAAAGCAGAUGCGAAGACAUUUUGGAGUUCAAGACUCUUGAAAACGUCGCAAGACUUUGCUGUUUUCAAAAACUUAAUCAACACGCCAAACACACAGAAACAAGCGAUUCAAGCCGUGUUUCUUCGACAAGACAAAAUUGAGGAGAAGUGCUUACUCUUUCAAGCAACUCACACAAUCAAAGAUGUCCUUAACGAAAUUAACACCAAUCUUAACACAACCUUCACCAAAGUGAUAUGUCAAGGAUUACCACUUCCGUAUUGUAUGGACAUCCAAACACUCCAGAAAAGCUGCCUCUCUUCGACUCUGCAAAUCCCAUUUGUUCUUUUUUAA